GCGGCCGAUCGGUGAUAUACUAUAUGCAGCGGAGAUAAGAAAUUUUAUAAUAAAGCCCAGCCAGCACCAGCGCGGCUAACUUUCCCAGCGACCCUCAUUAACUAGCAAGUUAGGAUGGAACAGGGUGCCUCGAUGUUAUUUAGCGUAUGACAUACAUAUACGUGUAGAUCUUGAGUAAGCAGCUUGUCGAUUGAUAUAUCGAUUGGCGGGGUGGUAUUUUAAUCCACAAGCUUGACGUAUGUGGUCGACUUUAUAUUCGGACUUUAAAUAUUAAACUAGGGAACUAGGGUAUCUUUUACAUGUUGAUUGACAUCGAGUCCAUCACGACAUAUUUAGGACCUCCAACUAUACCUCUAGGCUCUAUGGGAGAGCAUUCAUUUUCGACAUGAUUGCCAUCCCAGACACCUGGUUUGAAGAGAAGGUCCAAAAUGAAGUGGCGACCGAAGAGCAGACCACCGCGUUCAAGGCCUAUCUCAACGACGAGAUAGAAGCCGAGGAGGCGGCUACGCUUCUCACCGCAGAUGUGCACAAAGCAACCCUCGCAGACACGACCGAGGCGAAGGAGACAAACUGCGAGCUACGCAAGCUCUGGAAGUUUCUCAUCGACAUCAUCUUGUCUUGGCCGUCGGUACACUUGCACGUCGCCAACCUCCUCGACAGCAUCAGCCAGCUCCCGCACAUUGACCGCACCGGGAGAGACAGCCUCGAGGUUUCCAUGGACGGGACCGGCACGAUCCGAGAAAUGGAGCUGUGGCAGGAUCUCCCUAGGUUCUGGAACUUCUUUAGCGAUUACUGGCAUUCGUUAGCUGGUUGGCCGUACAGCCGGCCAGAAACCAAGGCGGAAAAGGCGGCUAAUCUGGCAUGGACGAACAUCAACUCGUUCGCAGCGAUAAUCUUCGUGGGCGGCCCGUUUGCAGGCAUGCCGGUUUUGGGAAACUGGGGCUGCUACGUUAUCAGUAAGGCGACGAAAACGGAUUACGAGCCCAUCGAAUUACAUAUCCCCUCCGCGGCCGUGUGGAUGCGGUUUGCCGGCGGCGAGUUGCGCAACUUUUACUCGACGCGGUACGAGGGGCCGCUGAUGUGGGAGAGGUGGAAUGGCUGGAAAAGCGAAUUUGAGAAGACGUCUAAGAAUGAUACGGUAGGUAUUGAUUUUAGAGAGUGGACGGCCGAAUUAGCGGCGUUAAUGUAGAGAGAUGUUGGGGUGAGUGCAAAUAGCG